UGGUGCUCAGUGUCUGAUCUCAGGCUGGUUCUGCUUGGGAAGACUGGAGAAGGAAAGAGUUCCAGUGGAAACAGCAUCCUGGGAAGAGAUGCCUUCAGAGAAAUCUCCAGUCACUCAUCAGUGGCUGCUGAAUGCUCCAAGCAGCAGGAAAGGGUGGUGAAGAAGAUGGUCUCUGUGGUCGACACUCCCGGCCUCUUUGACACGUUCCUGCCUGAAGACGUUGUGAAGAGGGAGAUCUCCAAAUGCAUCAACAUGUCGGCCCCGGGGCCCCACGCCAUCCUGCUGGUCAUCAAGGUUGGAUGCUUCACAGCAGAGGAAAGAGACGCUGUGAAGAAGGUGGAGGAGAUCUUUGGAGAGGGUGCCUGGAGGUACACCAUCAUCCUCUUCACUCACGGAGAUGUAGUUGAGUCAGACUUGGAUGAGACUUUGGAGGAGGCAGGAGCUGAGCUGCAGGAGGUCCUGCAGAAGGCUGGAAACAGAUACCACGUCUUCAACAACCUCAAAACCAACGACCGCCGCCAAGUCCUGAAUCUGCUGGAGAAGGUGGAUAAGAUGGUGGCCGACAACGGAGGAGAGUUUUACUCCAACUACACCUACCUGGAAGUUGAAGAAAUGCUAAAGAGGAGAGAGUCGGAGCUCAGAGAGUUCUUCAAGAAGAAGCUGAUGGAGGCUCAGGAGGAGAAACAGCAGGUGGAGGAACGGAUGAGGUCUGAGCUGGAGGAGUUGAGGCGGUAUUACCACAUGUUAGAGAGCAGAGUCGGUCAGGUCGUGGAGCAGGUGGCCAUAGACGACUCCUUAGAUGAAAUCCUCACCAAUUUCCACCACACCCUGAAACUGAACGGAGCUGUUUCUGACUCUUGUACAGAGCUGGCACCAUCAGUUAUGUAGCUCUGUUCUUCACAUGGACCAACAUAUGGAACUCUGCAGACUCUUUACAACUACAUGCAUGUAUUUAUUACUACGUUUCUGCAGCAAUUUAUGUGAUUUUACCAGGAUCAUUUUCUGUAAGCUCGGUGUACUUUAUGUUUCUAAAGUUUCACACUGAAAGUUCUCACAGAGUGAUGGACUUUCUUUCUGAUCACAGUCAAAGAGCUAAAGUGCUCCACCUGAAGCAGUUCAGAUUCUGAGCAAACUAAAGAAUUAGAAGCUCCAUCAACUUUUAGAAGUCAUGGAUUUUCUCUACUGCAGCUGAAGGCGGAUGUUUUCCCAGUGAAUUGGUGAGAUCUUCAGCAUUCA